AUGGCGGCGUAUGCGUCUCCCUCGUCCUUCUCGAACCAGACCACUGCAGCUUCCAGUGGCAUACCUUCCGGGAGAGGAUCGUGGGGCGAUCUUCGAGUCUCAGCCCCAGAUCACAAUGAGAAGAUAUAUCCUCAUAUCAAAGACAUUGUCCGAGAGGCCACGAGCACCACCAAUUCCGAUGGCUCAUUGCCGCAAUUGCUUACUGAAGUCGAGAACUGCAUCGCAACUGCCCGAAGCUCUGUCGAGUUUGGACGCCCUGACAUGGCCUAUAAAAGUUUUGUACGAGCAUAUGAGAUAGCAGUCAACAACAUACCCAGAAAUCGGAACUAUGGCUUCACUUCUGACAACAACAGGGCUUGGGCCCAAAAAUAUAGGCUCGCGAGGCAAAAGCUCAAUGAACUCGAAGCCCAGAUGACGCAGGUUAAGGCCUCGAUUGAAGAAAACAAUACAAGAUUUAAUACUCAGCCACACGCCCAAUCGCUUUUGAGGAAGCAUGUCUAUUCGUCAGGGUUUGGUGUUCCUCCCAACUCGCCUGCUCCUCCCGAAGACCAACCAACCUCGUCAGGAGGAAAUGGGCCUUCACAUCAAGAUGUACCCUCCAACUCCUCCGCAUUGCCAUCAGCUUUGAGGAUCGACCGAGCACGCCCGACUAGCAAACCCAAACCAGAUUCGCUGCAAGGUCGUCCCCUCACAGAUAACUCUAAUGAUCUCAGUCAGCGGUUCGCCCGGCUUCGCGGUGUAGGAAAUCGUCCCGAUGAAACUGGUAUUUUGUCCAUGCCCAAGCCGAGCGACUUCAAAACCGGGGCAAACCUAGGUCCGAGGCCACAAUCGUACACCCCUCAGACUUACACUGAUCUGAAUGGUCCAUCCUCUCGACUAGGUGGACCACGGGAUAUGCCUAGACCAGUAAAUAGCCCUCCACCACCUCCGAAGGUGCCGCUGAUUACUUCUAUGGCCAUGCCAAAACCACCGAGUCCUACCUAUAGCCCAAUUACAACAACACCUGUUGGAUUUCAUUCAGGUCAUAGUCGCGGGGCUUCUGAAGGUAAUCGUCCGCCAAACGAGAGGAAGCAGACUUACUACAACCAGUCUCAUAAUUCUUCGUCCUCCUCCUUACACAUGCAGAAACCACGUGAUGAUAUUCUCCUGCCGUAUCGGCCUACCACUCCCAAUGGCGUCAACUCUGUAAUAAUAUCGAAGAGCAGCUCCAGCGAAAUCCCCCACAAAACGACUUUAGAUGCACCCACCUUGUACGAAUAUAUGAGGAAGUACAAUGUCCUACUUGUUGACGUGCGAGAUCGAAUACAGUUCGAUGAGGGUCACAUUAUGGCAAGCUCGAUAAUUUGCAUCGAGCCCAUUUCGUUAAAGGAGGGUGUCUCUGCAGAAGAGCUUGAAGAGCGACUCGUUCUCGCGCCUGAUGUAGAACAAACCUUGUUCUCCCGCCGAAAUGAAUUCGACGUGGUUGUUUAUUACGAUCAGUCUACCAACGAUAACUCCUACCUUAGAGGUCCACCGAUCAUGACAAAAGCUCCAGCCCUCAGAGCUCUCUAUGACACUCUUUACGAAUUCAAUGACACCAAGCCACUGAAAGACGGCCGGCCCCCAGCUCUGCUUGUUGGUGGACUCGAUGCAUGGAUUGACUAUAUCGGUAUUCAUGCGCUAGCACAAUCGAGGACAGCUGCGACAUUGGGCACGACCCAGCACCGGCGAGCUGUCGGUAGUGGAAGACCACUUGCUCGGCAGAGACUUGUCAGUGCAAAUACUCGAUAUGACGUCCGUAAUAGGAGGUUGCGAGAUCACAAGUUUCUUGACGAGAGUGAGCAGGAAGCCUGGCGUAGACAGGCCAUGCAAGAGGAGGUCACCCCGACAGAGAAGGCGGAGACUGGUAGCGACGAGGAAUACUCAGUGGUAGAGGAGGAAACGGUUCCUCCUUCUCCUUUCGUGCCUGACUAUGAGACCUUUUUACGUCGUUUCCCUUCCAUCCAGCAACAACAGUCCAUGACUAUGCCAGCUCGUAGACCACUUCCUGCUCAUCCAGCUGCAUAUUUCCCUCCUUCAGUUCCUCCAGCACCAGCUGUCCCUGCACGUCCACCACCCGCAAUCCCACGGCCAAGUUACUCAGGUCAAGCAGAUAUCCAUGCUUCUCAGCCUGCACUUGCUCGCGUUACUUCAGCAUCUCGGCCUCCACUUUACUCUUCUUCAACAGCCAUGCGCAAUAAGAAGCUGCCGCGGACUGGGUUGACCAACUUUGGCGUCACUUGCUACAUGAAUUCGACGCUUCAGUGUCUGUCUGCGACUACGCCGCUAUCACAGUUCUUCAAUGAUCGCGCGUAUGAGUCCUAUGUGCAACAAAAUUGGAAAGGUAGUAACGGUAUUAUGCCGAAGAUAUAUGCAAAUGUUGUGCAAUCAGUUUGGAACGAUGACGUCGAUGUGAUCAAACCAUCGACAUUUCGCAACUUCUGUGGCCGGAUGAAUCGUGAGUGGGUCAUCGAUCGCCAGCAGGAUGCCAAAGAGUUCUUUGACUUUUUGGUCGAUUGUUUGCACGAAGAUUUGAACGUCCAUUGGGAAAGGAACCCUCUCCGUCCAUUGACAACGGCGGAGGAGAUGCAGAGGGAACGGAUGGAAAUCGCUCGAGCCAGCCCGAUUGAGUGGAAACGGUAUGAACAUCGAGAUUACAGUUAUAUGUCCUCCCUAUUUGCUGGCCAGCAUGCUUCACGGCUCCGUUGCCUCACCUGCAAACAAACUUCGACAACAUAUGAAGCGUUCUACAGUAUCAGCAUUGAAAUUCCUCGAACCGGCACUGGACAUAUUUACGAUUGUCUCAAUUCAUACUGCCGUGAGGAGAAAUUGUCCGAGCAGUGGCGGUGCCCUUAUUGUAAAUGUGAGCGCGAAGCCACUAAACAGAUCAUCUUGACUCGUCUCCCCCAAUUCCUGGUCAUUCAUUUCAAGCGCUUUGCAGCCUCGAAGCACGAGAAGGCAAAGAAGAUUCAUACGCCAAUCGAAUUCCCUCUGUAUGGUUUGAACAUGGAUGAUUUUGUCAUUCCUCGACCUCCGGCGGUCCCGGACCAAGAUGGCAGUAUUGAUCUCGCCACUACUCCCCCUUACAGCUACGACGCCUACGGUGUUUUGAGACACUUGGGCAAUAGUGGUGACAGCGGCCAUUAUAUCAGUAUCGUAAAGGAUCAAGGGAGAGGCAGCUGGCGCAAGUUCGAUGACGAAAGACAUGUCGACCUAGAUCCAAACAAGUUAAGUCCUCGUGACCGUCUGCAAAACUCGGAGGCAUAUAUUGUGUUUUAUCAAAGGUCACAAGCGAGAUGA